ACUUGGCGGAGCCGCGGCGGUAAGGAGCGUGCCUUUCCUCCAAGGAUAAAUUAACGUUUAAAUGCGCCUCCCAGGGUCCCGAGGAUAAACAUGCCGUUAGGACUUCUGUUUCAAAAAUAGCUUAAUGAAACUUAAAAACAACCACUCGUUCAGCGUGCGGCAGCAAAAUAUCGUCACCCAAAAAGCGCGGAGAAGUUGGAUGGCUUUCCUCUUUUUUUCUUUUCGUUUCUUUUUUUAAUCACGGGUGACUAUUUGUAACGAUGGCUUACACUUUGGGCUCAGACAUUCAGGGCCAGACACGUGGAGUAGGACCUCAACACAGUGUCACACGGGUGGAGCUUUCUGUUACUGCUGCCAAUCUUCUGGACCGCGAUGUAGCCUCCAAGUCAGACCCGUUUUGUGUUCUGUUCCAUGAAGUGGAUGGCAACUGGGUGGAGCUUGGCCGGACUGAAACAGCUGUUAAUAACUUGAACCCAGUUUUUGGAGUGAAGUUCCAGGUGGACUACCACUUUGAAGAGAUUCAGAAGCUUCGCUUUGCCAUGUUUGAUGAAGACAAGUGUGCCACACAGCUCUAUGAGCAUGAUUUCUUGGGAGAAUACGUUUGCACACUUGGAGUUAUUGUGUCCAAUAAGAAACUUCACCGCCCAUUGAUUUUGGCCAACGGGAAGCCUGCUGGUAAAGGAUCCAUUACUAUUACUGCCCAGGAGCUGUCUGACAACAGAAUCAUCACGUUGACACUGAGUGGACGUAAACUGGACAAGAAGGAUUUUUUUGGGAAGUCAGACCCAUAUCUGGAAUUUCACAAGCAAGGAGAAGAUGACAAAUGGAUGCUGGUGCACAGGACAGAGGUCAUAAAGAACACUUUAGACCCCUCAUGGAAACAAUUUACUGUGCCUCUUGUUUCUCUCUGUAAUGGAGAUGUGGACAGAAACAUCAAGGUUUUGUGUUUUGACUAUGAUAAUGAUGGCGGCCAUGAUUUUAUUGGAGAAUUCCAAACAACAGUAGCCAAGAUGAGUGAGGCUCAGAAUUCCGUGGAGGUGGAAUUCGAAUGCAUCAACCCAAAGAAACAAAAGAAGAAAAAGAAUUAUAAAAAUUCUGGAGUUAUUAUCCUCAAAUCAUGUAAGAUUACAAGGGACUACACUUUCCUGGAUUACAUACUUGGAGGAUGCCAACUCAUGUUUACUGUUGGUAUCGACUUCACAGCAUCCAACGGGAAUCCUCGAGAGCCUUCUUCCCUCCAUUACAUUAACCCACUGGGAAGCAAUGAGUAUCUUGCUGCUAUUUUAGCUGUUGGACAAAUCAUACAGGACUAUGACACUGACAAAAUGUUUCCUGCUUUGGGAUUUGGAGCCCAACUCCCACCUGACUGGAAGGUGUCACAUGAAUUUGCAAUCAACUUUAACCCCACAAAUCCAUUCUGCUCAGGUGUGGAAGGUAUUGCACAGGCUUACUCAGCCUGUCUCCCCCACAUCCGUUUUUACGGGCCAACAAACUUUGCUCCUAUUAUAAACCACGUAGCCCGUUUUGCAGCCCAAGCCCUGCAACAAGAAAAAGCGGCGCAGUACUUCACUCUCCUCAUUAUAACAGACGGUGUCAUCAGCGACAUGGAUGAGACACGUCAUUCAAUUGUUCAGGCGUCCAAGCUGCCCAUGUCCAUCAUCAUUAUCGGUGUGGGAAAUGCGGACUUUGCCGCCAUGGAGUUUUUAGAUGGAGACGCCAGUGUGUUGAGGUCCAACACAGGCGAGGAGGCUGUUCGCGACAUUGUCCAGUUUGUCCCCUUUAGAGAUUUUCGUAAUGCGCCAAAGGAGACCCUCGCCAAGUGUGUCCUGGCAGAGCUGCCUCAACAGGUCACUCAGUACUUUAAACAGCGGAAUCUUCCACCCAUCAACCCUGCGCCAGAGUGAGAUGACAGCUCACAUUGUAAAAUAGCUUUUCUGUUCACAACAGGCAGUGCAAAUUGAAAGUACGUGACCGCCGUGGACGAAUACCUCAUAUGUGGAAGACAUCCUUGUCAUCAUUUUAGUAUUUUUUUUUCUGCUUUAAACGACAGCUCAGUAGAUAAUUCAGGAUGAAUCAAUCAGUUUUUCAAGAACUGUGAUACAAAGCCACAUAUUUAACAACAGUCAUAUUCAAGAGAAGCAAAUUUUUAUUGUUGAGGAUGUCUGGUUCGCUUUUUGCACGUGUCUUGUGAUAUCGUGUGAUUCUUACAACGUUGUGGUGUUCAGUCUGCUUGGCUGAAAUCAGUAUCAGUGGUCGUACGGCUUGUUUUCAGGUAGCAGUCAGAUUGAAGAAGGCUGAUUUAUGGUGGACCCAACCCAGUCAUUCCCCAAUUUGCAGGUAGAGAAAGCAUUCAAUGCGAAUGGAAGGAGGCAAAAAAAACACACGGCAACUGUGUGAUGCUGCUCUUCAAUAUGGGACCAUUUUCCCAGAUCUGUGUUACAGCUUUGGCUCAUCCAGCAUGUUGCCAGUCACUGUUUACAAAUGAACAAAGACCAUAAAAUGCAUGGUUUUUUUUUUUCAUUAUGUGCUACAGAUUUUGUAAAUACUGUAAUGAAACGAGAAUUUUGUCAUACCUUGAAAGUGUCAUUAUGUGCACGAGCUGUUUGUGAUAUGCAUACAGUAUUAGAUUGUAUAUGAUGUAAUAGGUAUUGAUAAGCUCCAGUAAAUAUUUUUAUUGUAUUAUGCAGUGCAGACUUGUGUAGUUAUACAAUCAUGAAAUGCAUAUUGCAGUGUCUCUGUACUAAAUGUGGUGCUCUUCAUUUUGUAAAGUUGUGUCUGUCAGCACUCAGGUUAAUAAACAUAACUGUUCUCGAUA